AUGAAUUCAAUAAAGUGGAAGGGUUUGGUUAUCGGAGAAGGACAGAUUUUUCCUAAUGCAGUGGCUCUUAGGCAAGCACUGUAUAGGUACAGUAUUGCUGUGAAGUUUUCAUACAAGUUUGUGAAGAACAAUCAACAAAAGAUCAUUGUGAAGUGUAUGGCGGAGGGAUGCCCGUGGUAUAUGGGUGCAUACUCAAUGGGACAAAGACAAGAUUCUGAGUUGUUAAUAAUUAGAACCUUAAGAAGUGAGCAUGUGCAUUAUGCACAGGACAGCUUGGUUGUAUCUCACUCUAGAGGGUCAAACUUAACAUCAUCAAUCAUGAUAGAUUCUUUGAGGUGUAAUAUAGACAAGAAUGCUAAUGAACUUAGAAGAGAUCUGUAUAGAGAAUAUGGGGUGCGACUGAAUUAUAGUCAAGCAUACAGGGGUAGAGAAAGAGCAUUGAGGGAAAUACAUGGUCGUGCACAGGAUUCAUACAUGGCGAUUCCCUGGAUUUGUCAAAGGCUCAUUGAAACUGAUCCAAACACAAGUGCUCGAUGGGAAGGGUUGGAUAGUAACAGAUUUCAGAGGGUGUUCAUUGCUUAUGGAUGCUCAAUUAAUGGAUUUUUAGAAGGGUGUCGACAUAUACUUUAUAUAGACGGCUGUCAUCUAAGUGGUCCUUACAGGGGGACAUUGAUUUCAGCUAAUGCAUAUGAUGCAGACAAUGAACUAUUUCCAUUAGCAUAUGCUAUAGUUAGUGGGGAGACAUAUGAUGAUUGGGCUUGGUUUCUCCAGAACAUCAAAGACAUCACAAGAUCAGUGGAGACAACGAUAGUUUCAGAUCGGAAUAAUGCCAUUAUAGGUGCUGUGCGAACAAUAUUUGGUGGCGAGAGACAUGCUUUUUGUUAUAGGCAUGUGAAAGAAAAUUUUAGUGCACAUUAUUUAAAAAUUAACCGAGGCAGGGGACGAGUUUCAGGUACUUCAAAGGACGUUGCAUUGAAAAUGCUGGAUGGAAUCGCCUAUGCAAGGAUUGAGGAUGAAUAUGUUGCUGCAAUGGGGAAACUUAGAUCAUUCUGUCCACAAUUGGCUGAUUGGGUUGACACUCAAGGAGAUGUAGAUCGGUGGGCUUUAAGCAAAUUCCCGUUUAAGCGAUGGGAUAACAUCACUACUAAUGUUGCGGAGUCGUUUAAUGCCUGGAUUUUGAAGGAGAGGAAGCACAAUGUGUCAGUUCUCAUACAUGAGCAUAUGGAGAAAUUAGCCAAGAAGAUGGUUGCAAGCAAAAUGGCAAUGGAAAAUUGGACAAAUGGCGUUGGGCCAAAUAUUGAGUCCAAGUUGCAAGAAAAAGUAGCAAGAGCGGAGAAUAUGCAUACUGUAUAUUAUGGAGAUAACCGAGUUCAAGUUGAUACUACAUCUCCUACUGGAAUAAUUUGUGUCACUGUUGAUCUCACAGCUCAGAAAUGCACUUGUUUAGCAUGGCAAAUGAGCGGAGUACCUUGUGCUCAUGCCUGUGCAGCGAUAAAGCUACUUCAUGGUAGUGUUUAUGAAUUUGUAGAUGAUUGCUAUAAGCUGUCAGCCCAAGAGAAGAUAUAUGCAAGUAGUAUGAGGCCAAUUGCGACACAUGAUUGUCCUCGUCCCGAAGCUCUCACCGUUACGCAGAUGAUGACGGGAACAUUUUUACAGCCACCAAUCACUAAAAGACCCUCAGGGAGGCCAAAGAAAAGAAGGAUUGAAUCUCAAUUUCAAAGUAAAAAACUUUACCACUGUGGAAGAUGCCAUGAGCCAGGCCACACUGUGAAGACUUGCCAGAACCCCAAUCCAAGUUGA